GUGUCGUGAAUUAAGCGUGUGGGAACAAGUAAACCUACCAACAUACGGCUCAGCUUUUACUAUUUUAAACUCUUUUAGAACAGUGCUGUAUGUCUGUUGGAUAUAUAACAAGGCAUUUUACUUUGUCCCAUGAACGACUUUUUAUAAUCUCUUUUUCGUAAACCGCCAAGAAAAAAGAGGUAUCCUCCAAUGAAAACAACAAAGACUGAGCCAUGUAAUAGCAUCUUCUCUGCUAAUCAAGAGGCUUAUCCAUGUCCGAAUACACCACAGCAAAACCCAGAAGAAAACAAGCACCUGGGAGUUACAGAAGAGGAUGAAGGUCAUGAAAAGGAGACAAAGCUAGAUAUCUUCUUAGAUCUGAAUGUCUGUAGUCAUGAGGAUCAGUCCGAUCGUGGGUUUGAUGCAGAGCUCAAUCUCAUUGAUUGCUUGGACGUGGGUUCAUCUCAGAUUCCAUCAUCAGAAACUGAUCCCCAUGAUGAUCAGGCUUCUUAUGCCGAGCCACGAGUUUUCUCAUGCAACUAUUGCAAAAGAAAAUUCUAUAGUUCACAAGCACUAGGAGGCCACCAAAAUGCCCACAAAAGAGAGAGGACUCUAGCAAAAAGAGGACAAAAGAUAGCAGCACACAUAUUGGCCUCCGCAGAAGCUUUUGGGCACUCCCUCCACCAGCACCACCACCAGCACUACCCAAGCAUGGCUUCUCUUCCUCUUCAUGGUGCUAAUUACAAUAACAGAUCGCUCGGAAUUCAGGCGCAUUCUAUGAUCCAAAAGCCUUCUUACAAAUCAUCUUCGGUUGGGUUCUGGGAACCUCAGGGCUGGUCAAGACCCCUCAUUGACCAACAACCAGCAGUUGGGAAUUUUCACACACCAGUAGGAUCGCUUUCGCGAGGCAGCGUUGGUAGAUUUGGCUUGCUAAGAACGAUUAAUGGUUCUCCAGCCCGUGAUGAUGAAUUUAGUGGAUUUUGGUCUGCAGAUAGUGCUGCUCUUUACAGGACUAAUCAAGAGGAGAUGAAGAAGCUUGACUUAUCUCUCAAGCUUUAAGAGCUGCACGCUUCGUCUUUCUUUUUUCGUUUUUUACUUUUUUUUUUUUUAUUUUAUUAUCUUCACUCUUGUUCCUAGUCAAAAGUUUAUCCAAAUUUUUCUACUUUCAGUAUUAAAUUGUAUAUUUUCAUAUUAAAAACCCCUGUGGAUUCAUGUAGUUGAGAGUUGGAAUUGACUUCAUUUUCUGGUUGGAUUAAAA